AGUUCACUAUAUAGAGAGCUCAGUGAGCUGAUCAGAGAGAAAGCAUUCUGCCAGCCCAGCGCCUGCAAAUCGCAGUCACUUCCUAACCUCCCCCUUUUUAACAUAUUUGAUCACUUUGAUUCUCUGUUCUCUCUCUUAUUAUUUUUACGCGCAUGAAGGAGGUUCUAUAGGUUGUGAUCUUUUUGUUUUAUUAUCGGUCCUGCUUGCCGGAGAGUUGACUUCAUAUUUGACUCGAGCACAGGCUACAACUGCGCGCGGCUGCUAGCGCUACCUCAUCUGAAGAAAAGGAAGAAGCGGCAGUAUUUUUUGGCCAGUUGGUUUUCUUCAAGACUUUACGCUGGAACUUCUUGCGCGUCGCAAGUAUCCUUGAAAGCGGUGCGUUUCUGUGCGUGCGAACAUCGCUGCAAGCGUGAAGUUAUCUGUCCGUCUCUGUUAAUAUCUUCCUCCGCCGUGUUUAUUUUCCAUUUUUCCUUGAUGGGUUUACUGGAUGGAUGACUGCAAGUGCCCCUGGACUUGGCCUCUAAGAGCAAGGCUGCUAUUCGGCUUGUCUUUGCUUCAGUUUUAACCGCAUGCCUAGGUAACGCUGUUUCAGUCAAGAAAUAGGCUACUGUUCGGUGACAUCGGUGCGCAACUUUCAACGGACAAUCAGACUCUAGCCGACCGUAUCGAUCUUGAAUUAUUUAUUUAACCGUCCUAAGUGAUUAAGGCACCGUGCUGCGUUUGAUUUAUAAAACAAAGCAUUCCGAAACCAAAAACGGAGGACAAAAAGUUUUUUUAACGUUGACUGAUAGAUAUGGCAAUGGUAGUGUGGAGAGGCUCCCAGGACGAUGUGGCCGAGACCCAGGGCACCCUUUCAUCGCAAGCCCAAGGAGGACUAUCCCUUCCGACCCCUCAACCAGGCCAGCUGGGGCUGACGGCCUCGCAGGUUGCCCCUCCGACCCCUCAGACACCCGUUCAAGGACCCCCGAACAACAACACACAGUCGACUCCGACGAACCAGACGACGCAGAAUCAGUCGGAAAAACAGCAGCCACAGCACAUAGAGUGUGUGGUUUGCGGGGACAAAUCCAGUGGCAAACACUACGGCCAGUUCACUUGCGAGGGGUGUAAAAGCUUUUUCAAACGGAGCGUACGAAGGAACCUCACUUACACAUGCCGUGCCAACAGGAAUUGUCCCAUUGACCAGCACCAUCGCAAUCAGUGUCAGUACUGUCGCCUCAAAAAAUGCCUCAAAGUUGGCAUGAGACGGGAAGUUUCUCUUUUUACUGCAGCAGUGCAAAGAGGACGGAUGCCACCCACACAGCCUCACCAUGGCCAGUUCGCCUUGACAAAUGGGGACCCACUGCACUGCCAUUCCUACUUAUCCGGAUAUAUCUCUCUACUACUACGAGCGGAGCCCUACCCAACUUCUCGGUAUGGCAGUCAAUGCAUGCAGCCCAACAACAUCAUGGGCAUCGAGAACAUUUGUGAACUGGCAGCUAGGAUGCUGUUUAGUGCUGUGGAGUGGGCUAGGAAUAUUCCUUUCUUCCCAGACCUCCAAAUCACCGACCAGGUUGCCCUUUUGAGGUUGACCUGGAGUGAGUUGUUUGUGCUCAACGCUGCUCAAUGCUCCAUGCCGCUCCAUGUGGCUCCACUUCUGGCGGCGGCUGGGCUCCAUGCCUCCCCCAUGUCUGCGGACAGAGUGGUCGCCUUUAUGGACCACAUUAGGAUCUUCCAAGAACAAGUAGAAAAGCUCAAAGCUUUACACGUUGACUCUGCUGAAUACAGCUGUUUAAAGGCCAUCGUUUUAUUCACUUCAGAUGCUUGUGGCCUGUCAGAUGUGGCCCAUGUGGAAAGUUUGCAAGAGAAGUCCCAGUGCGCUCUGGAGGAGUACGUUCGGAGCCAGUAUCCCAACCAGCCAACUCGAUUUGGGAAGUUAUUACUUCGCUUGCCCUCUCUUCGUACAGUCUCGUCUUCGGUCAUAGAGCAAUUAUUUUUCGUCCGAUUGGUAGGUAAAACCCCAAUUGAAACCCUCAUCAGGGAUAUGUUGCUGUCGGGGAGCAGUUUUAACUGGCCUUACAUGUCGAUUCAGUAGGCAGAAGGAAUGAUCAAAGGGGCUGUGACUACAGUAGUUAGCGCUUCUUUUGUAGAAGGAAACGGCUGUUACACGAGUUUACUUUCACGAAGAAAGACUUUCAUAAAUGACUGUGAAUUUUAAAAUUGAGACAUUCAGUGAACCCUCAAAAUCCAGAGAUUACUCUCAGUGUCAUUCUAAACAGUUUGUUCCAAUGUUUUUUUGUUGUUGUUGUUGUUGUGUUUUUUUUUUUUUUUUGUAAAAAAAUAAAAUAUAAUAAAAACAAAAUGAAGAAAGAAACAACCCACUAAAAUUAACACAAAAGAAAAAAACAAAAGAAAAAUAAUUAAAGGAUUUUGAUAAUCCUUUCUUGGAAAGAAACACUAUAAAGUGCAUUGAAGCGACAAUUUGGAAGAUACAGGAGAGAAGAAAAAAAUCUUUUUUCCAAUUACUAUAUUGUCCUGUGUCCAUGUAUCUAUAGCUGUUUUUUGUACUUUUUUUGUUCCUCCUUUCUGGUUCCAAACCGGCCUAUGUGAUUCUGUAGUAUGCAGUUCUUGUUUAUUUUUUAUUUUUUUAAAUAACCAUGACAAUUGAGUAAUGUAAAGACGUUCUUCGAGAAUUCGAGAAUUAAAACUAAACCCACAGCAAUAUAGGCAAUGCUUAAUGCUGCAAGCGCACUUACUCUAUUGAUGUCCCUAAACGAACAUGAGUAGGGAUUAUUUUAAUGAUCAACCAAUAUUCACAUAGUGUCAGAGUACUCGUAAUGCAACAGUGUGUUACAUUUCAUGCCAUUCUUCUACCUAUAAGACAGCACGAAUCAUUCCCCAAAAUGGAUGCAGGAGCAAUACUUUAUCGUUCAGAUACGCGUCUCAACAGUGUUUGCAAGAUGUAAUCGUACAUUUAUUUAAGAAUUAUGACCUGUCUCCAUGGAUUUUUAUUUGGUUUCGUGGAUGGUCGUCAGGUUAUAAUGCAAACAAUAGAACAAAGUGUUUUAGAGUUAAGGAGAACCCAACAAAUAUAUAUAGAUAUAUUUUUCAAAUGUAUUGCAGUACCCCACCUUGGGUAGCGCCCAUGCGAAUUCUCGCUCAAGUGUUUUGCCACAGUAAACUGUAUUUUGAAGGUGGGGAAAUGAUGGGUCAUCGUUAUUUUAAUGACAAAGCAGCAGUAUUAAUAAGACGUCCGUAUAAAUGUCCCUUAACACUUAAAGCAUUAAAGUGCCUGUACAGCGCAAAUGUGUUAUUAACGAUUACUGAAGUCUAUAGGCCUACACCAUGGGGAACACGCUUAGAAUUUACAAAGUCUUAUAAUUGUUCAUUUCACGUGAGAAAAAAGUAGAAGCAGUAUUCUUGUAAAUAUAGGUCAAUUCAUUUCAAGGACUUUUUCUUUAUACAACGUAUAUGUGAUUAAGAAUAAAACUGUGGUUGCCAAUUUUUUCGGUAAUACAAAUGUCUUCAAAUGAGUGACAGACUUAGCUAGUAGCACUGAAAGUUCUGUUUGAAAUGUAUAUACAUAUUAAGACAAAUGUUUUUUUUCCUUCUUUUCUUUUUCAUGUAUUUAGACUGUGAAUGCAUGGCCACAGGUCGCUAACCUAUUUUACCUUUGAUAUAUAUAUAUAUAUAUAAAUGUAAAUGUUUUUGACUGUAUAGAUAUAAUCUGUGCAUUCAGUACACUAGCCCUUGUAUUUAAAAAAAUGGAAAAAAUUGACAAAAAAAAAACGUUCGACGAUAGGUUGACACUUAACAGGGUGAGCUGGUUUUGAAGGGGUGGCUAUUUUGACUUGGUGUUCUGCUCCUUUUCGGUCUGUAACAGAUGCCUUGUGUGUGUAUGUGUGAAAGCUUGCAAUUUUGUCCUUGUUUUGAGGCUUUUCUUCAACACACAAGACACCAUGUUGUGAUUGGAUAAAAAGGGAUCAUAUUGUGUAGUUGAUUGAACAGUUGUUUUGGGCUGUUCUCAUGCCACAUAUGGACCAGUGAAUGAUACAUGAUUGUAAUUAUAAACAGUUUAAACUGACCCACGUUUUUAUAUAAAUAUAUAAAAUAUAUUACUGCAGGGUAUUGAUAACGUAUAGAUACUUUUUUAUUAUUGAUUAUUAUUAUUAAUUGCAAGUGAUAUACGUGAGUGUGUGUGGAAGUUUAUAGUUGAAAACAAUUCUUGUUUGUUUGUGUUAGCUUAUUGUAAACAAGCAUUCUGCUGUAAAUUUGUUCUUGGUAUUAAAUUAUAAUUUAUGAAUUUGAAAUCAAAAGGC